AUGUUGCUAGUGCAGUGGAGAGCGAGUGGCAACCUGGUGGCAUCACUGGACGAAAAGCAGCUCUCUUUCGAGCAAGCGCAGACGGUCGGAGAUCUGAAGAAACAUUUGCACAAACUGACGGGAGUUUCACGGUUUAGGCAAAGCCUCACGAGAAGUGAGGAUGUCACAGAGCUGCUUGACGAACAGCUGCUUCAUUUUCCAGGAGUUCUGCUGCUUUUGCAGAAGAGCUUCUGCUCUGGAGAAUCAGAAAAAGCAGGGUAUACUGCUAUUAAGCAGGCCGUGGAGAAGAACCGUGUCGAGGAUGUCGUGGCUUACUUGACUCAGCCGCAGGAUCCGAAUGUUGUGAGUUACAAUGGCUGGUCGGCAUUGCACGAUGCUUGUAAAUUCAAUCGUGAAGAAAUUGCCAAGUUGCUCUUGGAGGCUGACAGCGACAUAGACAUGACAACUCAGGCAGGGUUCACCCCCAUAAACGUGGCCGCAGACAGGGGACACGAUGGAAUGGUGCAUGUACUGAUUGGUGCUGCGGCUGAUGUCGAGAAAAGCAACUUGACAGGCGCAAGCCCUUUGAUGAGUGCUGUUCGCAAUCGCCAUUACCGAUGUGUUCAGCUCCUUGUUGAAUCUCGGGCGGAUGUGAAUACUAGCGACUCCCAGCCCACAAUGCCUCUGCACGUUGCUGCGGAGACGGGGGAUGCUUUCUUAGCCGAGAUGCUUCUCAAAGCAGGAGCUCUUGUGAAUGCAGCUCGUUUCGACGCUGCGAAGCCUUUGCAGCUGGCCAGCCGAAAAGGCCAAGACCAGGUCUUCGGCUCGUUGCUGAAGUUCGGUGCUGAGCUGGAUGUGGUCAUACAGGAGGGUGCAUCAUGGCGACUCUUCGUUGCGGCCAUGUCUGAUGGAGACAAUGUUGAUGUUAUUUCAAGACUGCUCGAGGCCAGGGCUGUGAUUGACUUCAGAAGGACCAGUCCGUUGCAUCUUGCCUCGGAGAAAGGCCUCGCGGGCGCUGUCGCAUUGCUUUUGGCCGCCGCUGCAGACGCCGACCGCCCGGACUGGCAAGGAGCCCGGCCGUUGCGCCUGGCGGCGAGGAACGGCCACAGCCAGGUGCUCCGGCUUCUCCUUGAGAGCCGAGCUGAUGCCUCGACGGAGCUCCGGGAGAAGUACACUGAAGAUGUCCUGCAGCUGCUCACUUCUGCCGCAGAUCAAGCUGUGGGCUGA